AUGUCGACAUCAACCGCUGCUGCAGUCGCCGCAGCGUCCUCACCCGCCCAACCCACAGGCGCCCAUCUGGGCCACACCUCACUCAACAUCGACUCCCUGCGCGACUUGGCCCGCAAAGAACUCGUCAACGUCCUCGACUCUGAUCAUGGCGUUGAGAAAAUAUACCACCUUCAACCGGGACCAUUGGAAACCGACUGCAAGAACCUCAUCUACAUCUGCCGGCCUCAGGUCAACUACAUGAAAUACAUUGCCGAGCACAUUCAUACGCACACAAAGGACUCCCGCGCAGGAUCCUACACAUACUCGCUCUUCUUUGUCCCUAGACGUACCGCAUUGUGCGAGAAGGUCCUCGAGGAUGAGGGCGUUUUUGGCGAGAUCACAAAGGGCGAAUACCACCUUGACCUGAUCCCACUCGAGGACGACGUGCUCAGCUUGGAGUGGGACUCGACCUUCAAGGAGCUCUAUCUGGAACAGGACACGACUUCGAUCUACUAUGCUGCCAAGGCCCUUAUGCGACUCCAGGGAAUCUAUGGAUUGUUCCCUCGAAUCCUUGGAAAGGGCGAUUAUUCAAAGGCGUUGUGUGAUAUGAUGCUGCGUAUGCGUCGAGAGAUGGCCGUUGACGACCUGGAUGCUUCACAGACGAUGCAGUUGUCGCAGAAUAUCGAUUCUUUGAUCAUUAUCGACCGAAGUGUUGAUAUGGUGACUCCUCUUUGUACCCAGUUGACUUACGAGGGUCUUAUUGACGAGAUCUUCCACAUCAAGAACUCAUUUGUGGAGGUGGAUGCUAGUUUGGCGAGUGCAGCAUCGGCUCCGCCGGGCGGAGGGUCGGGAUCAGGAACGCAGUCAUCGGCGACUGCUCCAACGGGAAAGAAGAAGAAGGUCCCACUGAACGGAGGCGACAAGCUGUUCGACGAGCUUCGUGAUCUCAACUUCGCUGUCGUCGGAGGACUUUUGAACAAGGUCGCUAAGCGCAUUAAUGCCGAUUACGAAGAACGACACAACGCCAAGACGGUGCCCCAGAUUCGUCAGUUUAUUGUCAAGAUGGGUGGUUUGGCAGCCGAGCACCAAUCUCUCCGACUUCACACGGCGCUUGCUGAGGAGAUUAUGAACUAUACCAUGACGGAUGACUUUAACAGGAUUCUCGAAGUGCAACAGAAUGUGGUGGCGGGAAUUGCGACGAACAAGGAGCCAGAGUAUAUCGAGGAAAUGAUCAACAAACAGGCACCACUGGUGCAAGUUCUUCGCCUGCUCUGCCUGUACUCGCUCGUUAACAGUGGACUGAAGCCAAAGCAGUUCGAGUUCUUCAAGCGGGAGAUCUUAGAGACGUAUGGAUUUGAGCAUAUUCAGACGCUGGAGAACCUACGCCGGUUGGGCAUGUUGACGAAGCAAACGACGACCAAGAACACAUAUGGACUCGUGCGACGCAGUCUGUCGCUGAUUGUGGACGAAGUGAACGAACAUGCGCCCAACGAUAUCUCGUAUGUGUAUUCGGGAUAUGCGCCCUUGAGUGUGCGUUUGGUGCAGUGUGUGGUGCAGCGUGGAAAAGACAGCAAGCAGCCUGGCGGACCGGGAGGAAAAGGAUCGGGAAUCGCGGGAGGGAAUGGGUGGAAGGGGUUCGAGGAUGUGUUGAGGAUGCUCCCUGGGCGGACAUUUGAUGAAACUCAGCGCGUAGACGAUGGACAGCCUAGGCCUUCCAAGAGAAUGAAUGGACAGCCUCGAGUGUCGCUGGUGUUCUUCCUUGGAGGAUGUACCUUUACAGAGAUAUCUGCUACGCGGUUCUUGGCAUCGCAGGAAGGUGGGCAGCGAGACUUUGUGAUCUGCACGACCCAGAUUUUGAAUGGAAACACACUUGUCGAUUCCCUUGUCCAAAAAGUUCCAGAUCUUCAUGCUUCUGCAUAG